AUGUACCGUCAAGUUUGGGUGUCAAGUGCAGACGUCAACUUGCAACGAAUACUGUGGCGUUCACAACCGGACGAGCCGAUCAUCGAAUACAAAUUAAAAACAGUUACCUACGGAACGACGCCAGCGUCAUAUUUAGCCACUGGAUGCUUAACAAGAUUAGCAGAAGAAAUGAAAGAGUUAUUUCCAGAUGCUCAUAAAGCCAUCACUAAUGACUUCUACAUGGACGACUAUCUGGGCGGUGCCAACGACGUAACGGCCGCCGUAAAAUUACGCGACGACGUUAUCAACAUUUUAAAUACGGCCGGCAUCAAAUUACGUAAAUGGAUUUCUAACGACCGUCGAUUAUUAGAACACAUAUCAAACGAGGACAAUGACCCACUGCGCGUUCUAAAUCUGGACGAGAGCUGCACUACAAAAACAUUAGGUCUGGUUUGGAAUCCGUUUAACGACGUUUAUCAAUAUAAAGUAAACAAUAAUUGUAAAAACAAUGCAGAACGAAUUACAAAACGUAUAGUAUUAUCAACAAUAGCGACUAUAUUUGACCCGCUCGGUCUCGUCGGACCCGUUGUCGUCGUCGCCAAAAUAUUUAUGCAAAAACUAUGGCAAGCACGUAUAAAUUGGGAUGACCCUGUUGCGUCGUCGCUACACGAAGAAUGGCAAAAUUAUCAACAAACCUUACCAGAACUUAAAAAAAUCCACAUUCCAAGAUGGAUAAUCGGUUGUUCGAACGUGUUAGUCACACAAAUAUACGGUUUCGCUGACGCGUCGAUACAAGCAUUCGGCGCGUGUCUAUACGCACGGACCACAGACGCAUUAGGCAAUCACCAUUCCAGACUGAUCGUCGCAAAGUCAAAAGUGGCUCCAUUAAAGGUAGUCUCUUUAGCACGCUUGGAAUUAUGUGCAGCUGUUCUGUUUGCGCGACUAGCUUAUAAGAUAAUACCAAAAUUAAAUAUUACAAUAAAUAAAAAACAUUUUUGGUCUGAUUCGACCAUAGUACUCGCGUGGAUAAAUUCGCCUUCAACACGCUGGAAAACAUUUGUAGCACAUCGAGUCGGGGAAAUUCAAACGUUAACAGCCGCAGCAGAGUGGGGAUACGUCAAGUCAACUGACAAUCCAGCAGAUAUAAUUUCACGUGGUUGCAGCCCAAAGCAAUUAAAAGACAAUACUUUGUGGUGGGAAGGUCCAGUAUGGUUUAAAUCAAAUGAAAACGAAUGGCCUAAAUCAUCAAUCGAUGAAUUAUCACCGAGCACCGAAUUGCCGGAGAUAAAGCGUAAACCAGUAGCGCUUCACCUGUCCACAAAGGAAGAAUUUUAUUUAUUAAAAAGAUAUUCGACUUUAAGUAAAUUAUUUCGAGUAACCGCGUAUUGUAAGCGUUGGUACGAACGCGUAAUAAAUAAAAUAGGUAAUUACACGGAUAUCAAAGUCGACGUUACUGAAAUAGAUGCUGCACGGUUAACAAUAAUAAAAUUAGUUCAACAACAUUAUUUUUUUGAAGAGAUAACACUCAUAAAAUCCGAAACGUAUAUCAAAACAACGAAAAUUGCCUUACUGCGCCCCUUCAUAGAUGAACAAAACGUGUUACGCGUUGGUGGUCGCUUAAACAAAUCGACAACUAUACAUUUCGAUCAACGAAACCCAAUAUUAUUACCAGCUAAAUCAGAAUUCACAAUAACACUAUUUCGUAAUGAACACGAACGUCUAGUACACGCUGGCCCGCAAGCGCUCUUAUCAGCGAUUCGAGAAAAAUUCUGGCCUUUAAACGGUCGCAAUAUAGCGAGGCGUACGGUGACUCAACAAAUAUGGUUAAGAUGGAGUACCGAGUAUUUGAGCCAACUCCAAGGCCGCUCAAAAUGGUGCAAGUCGAAAGGUCCACCGCUUAAACCGGAAGAUUUGGUCCUGAUUAAAGAGGAAAAUCUACCACCUCUACAGUGGGCAAUCGGUCGGGUCAUAGAAGUUUACCCCGGAAGGGAUGGGGUGAUCCGGGUAGCGUUGAUCCGGACCAACAAGGGAGAGGUCAAGCGUGCCGCUCGAUCCUUAUGCCCACUACCAAUAAAGGAUGAUAAUUAA